CAUAAAUACCGGUUCACGUCGCGGUCGCGUUCCUCCUGACACCUUGUUUGUAAAUCUCAGACUCAGAACACGUGUGUUUGAAGUGUAUAGAAUGGGCAAAAAAGAUAAAAAGGCCAAGAAAGGCAAAGGUGCCGAAAAGACUGCGGCCAAAACGGAAAAAAAGUUGACUGCGAAGCAGAAAAAGGAACUCGCUGCCAUUGGAGAGGAUGACAUUGAAAGUAUAGUUGCUCAGAUCGAAGCUGAAGAACGGAAACGACGUGAAGUUGUGGAACACAUUGUUGGCCCUCCCUCCCGGCGGGUCAACUUUUCCCUUGUAGCACAUCCAGAGAAGGAGGAACUAAUCUUAUUUGGGGGCGAGUAUUUCAAUGGCCAAACGACUGCCCUAUACAAUGACCUUUUUAUCUACAAUAUACCCCGAAAUGAAUGGAAAGUGUUGAAGGCCCCAAGCUGUGCACCCCCACGAAGCGGUCAUCAAAUGGUGUCUGUGGCAGCUAAUAAAGGCCAAUUGUGGGUAUUUGGUGGAGAAUAUGCUAGCCCUACUCAAUCACAGUUUUAUCAUUACAAAGAUUUGUGGGUCUAUCACAUGGCAACAAAGCAGUGGGAGAAAAUCAAUUCUCCUGGUGGUCCAUCAGCACGCAGUGGCCAUCGUAUGGUAUGUGUCAAGAAACAUCUAAUAGUAUUUGGAGGAUUCCAUGACAAUCUCAGAGAUUACAAAUAUUUCAAUGAUGUGUAUGCCUUUGAUCUUGAGAAUUACACUUGGAAGAAAAUAGUGCCUUCAGGAACAGCACCACUUCCGCGAUCUGGUUGCCAGAUGAUUCCUUUAGCUGAUGGUAAGAUACUGAUUAGUGGAGGCUACAGCAAGGAACGUAUUAAGAAAGAUGUUGAUAAGGGCACUGUGCAUACUGAUAUGUUUCUCUUGUCACCUGAAAAGCAUGAUCAAACUAAGUGGAAAUGGCAGCCUUUGAAACAAGGUGGAGUUAAACCAUCUCCAAGAUGUGGGAUGGCCAUAGCUAUGAGUUCUGCUAACAAGGCCUAUGCAUUUGGAGGAGUGUUUGAUACAGAGGAUGAUGAUGAAAAUCUUGCUGGAACUUUUUUCAAUGACUUUUAUAUGCUUGAUACAGAAAAGUUCUCAUGGAGAACAGUUUCUUUAAGCGGGAAGAAAGAGACAAGGCGUAAACGUAGAAAAGCCAAAGAAGGUGAAGGAAUGGACUGUGAUGAAGAUGGUGAGGAGUCAGAUGAUGAAGGGAAUGAAAUGGAAGUUGAACCAGCUACCGUUACUACCAUAUCAGAUGAUGGCAUCUUUAAAGUGACCAUGGGGCCUGCCCCCUCUAGUACAACCUCAGAUUCUGUAGAUAAUAAAAGUUUGACAACUGUCUUCACACCAUCCACCCGGAUGAGUUGUGGAUUAGUUGUGAAACAUGGUGUGCUUUACUUAUUUGGUGGUAUGACGGAAGAUGGUGAUCGUCGAUUUACUUUCAAUGACUUCUACUCCCUAGAUCUUCACAAAUUAGAUGAAUGGAAGAUUCUAGUCCCUAAUGAUCAAAAUGAGGAGUGGCUAGGAUCAGAUAGUGAAGAGGAUGAGUCUGGUAGUGAUGGAAGUGAUAGCGAAGAUGAUGAUGAAGACGAUGAUGAAGAAGAUGACAACGAAGAUGAAAUGGAUGUAGCUUAAUACAUGUGAUGGGUAUGUAAAAUAACCAAUCAACUUUCAUAUUUAUUCUCUUCCUCCCCUUAUUUUGUGUGAAAUGAAUACCAAGUUACACAUUGAAUUAAAUAAAUAGUUCCAUUUAUUCAA